UACAGAUAGACCUGGAUAAUUUGGUGCAGUUUUCGCGUGCAACCAAACAGCCAAGAGUGCCGAGGUUGGCAGCUAGGGAGAGCAUAAGAGUGAGAUUCCACCCCCCCCCUUUUUUUAAAGUCGUCUUCCUUUCUGAUUUUGAGUUAAACCCACACCGCACACAACGCAACCCGUGUAAAAUGUACGAACCCAUCGCGGUGGAAUAGGGACCUUUUGGUGGGUGGGUGGGAUUGAGCUGGCGUAGAAAAACCAACCGGAAUCGGACGGCCGCGGCACGGAGAGCCGGGGAGGGACCACGGCACAACCGCCGCCAGCGCCACGGGGAGUCGGGGCCCGAGAGGGAGCCUGCCGGGGCCCUCGCCUUAAUGCGCCCAGCCUGCUUCUUCGCCUCAGCCGCACUCCGAGAUGGGGGAGACCAAAAUUAUCUACCACCUCGACGACCAGGAGACACCCUAUCUGGUGAAACUGUCUGUGCCGGCGGACAAAGUCACUUUGGCAGACUUCAAAAAUGUCCUCAAAAAACCCAACUACAAGUUCUUCUUCAAAUCUAUGGACGAUGACUUCGGGGUGGUAAAAGAGGAAAUAUCUGAUGACAAUGCAAAACUGCCCUGCUUUAAUGGACGUGUGGUGUCAUGGCUGGUGUCGGGAGAAGGCACCCACACAGAUGCAGCUCCAGUGGCAGACUCUGAGGCGGCGCCCCCUUUAGAGAGGACCGGAGGCAUCGGAGACUCUCGACCACCUUCUUACCAUGGGAAAGCUGCAAGCGGUCGGGACAGUUUGGACAAUGACACGGAGACGGGCUCUAUGGUGUCUCAAAGAAGAGAGAGGGACAAGCCGAGACGGAAGCACAGUGACCACGGCAGUAGGCAGAACGGGUUUUUGUCACGGCCAGCGGUGCGUGGAGGGGGAGCCGAGUACGACAGCUGCUCUUCUUUCAUGAGCAGUGAGCUGGAGUCCACUUCCUGCUUUGAUUCCGAGGAUGACGAUGCUACCAGCAGAUUUAGCAGCUCCACAGAACAGAGUUCCUCUCGUUUAAUGAGACGACACCGCCGCCGCCGCCGGAAACCCAAAGCCUCCAAUCUGGACAGGUCAUCAUCAUUCAGCAGCAUCACAGACUCUACAAUGUCCCUCAACAUUAUUACAGUUACGCUCAACAUGGAGAAGUACAAUUUCUUGGGCAUCAGUAUUGUGGGCCAGAGUAACGAGAGAGGAGAUGGAGGAAUCUACAUUGGCUCUAUCAUGAAGGGCGGAGCUGUAGCUGCUGACGGACGCAUUGAGCCAGGGGACAUGCUGUUGCAGGUGAACGACAUCAAUUUUGAGAACAUGAGCAAUGAUGAUGCAGUUCGAGUGCUUCGUGACAUCGUACACAAGCCCGGUCCCAUAACUUUAACUGUGGCUAAGUGCUGGGACCCAAACCCACGGAGCUGCUUUGCUCUGCCGAGAAGUGAGCCAAUUCGACCCAUUGACCCUGCGGCAUGGGUGUCGCAUACUGCAGCAAUGACUGGAGUGUAUCCUGCCUACGGUAUGAGCCCCUCCAUGAGCACCGUCACUUCCACCAGCUCCUCCAUCAGCAGCUCCAUUCCAGAAACUGAACGAUUUGAUGACUUCCACCUCUCCAUUCACAGUGACAUGGCAACAGUUGCCAAGGCAAUGGCCUGUCCAGAGUCAGGCCUGGAAGUGCGAGACAGGAUGUGGUUGAAGAUCACCAUCGCUAACGCCUUCAUUGGCUCUGAUGUGGUGGAUUGGCUCUUCCAUCACGUGGAAGGCUUCACAGAUCGCAGAGAAGCGCGUAAAUACGCCAGCAACCUUCUGAAGGCUGGCUACAUCCGACAUACUGUUAACAAGAUCACCUUUUCUGAGCAGUGCUACUAUGUUUUUGGAGACCUCUGUGGCAAUAUGACUCACCUGUCGCUCCAUGACCACGAUGGUUCCAGUGGGGGCGCCUCAGAUCAGGACACCCUUCCACCUCUGCCCCACCCUGGGGCAGCUCCCUGGCCUUUGCCUCUGCCCUACCAGUUCCCUAUCCCUCACCCCUAUGACCUGCCGCAGCCCUUCCACGGUGGGCCAGCAGCUGGCAGUGCCGGAAGCCAGCACAGCGAAAGCAGCGGCUCAAACUGCAGCAAAAACGAGGGGCGGAAAUCUGGCGGCAGCGGGAGCGAAGCCGAGAUCAGGAGCCAGCGAGCUCCCAGCGAGCGCUCGGCGGCUCCCCCUAGCGAGCGAAGCGUCCGUAGCUCGCUGAGCCACCGCAGUGCCAACGCCCAUUCGUUAGCCUACGGGCAGGGCCUCGUCUACGGCCCCCCCGGGUUGCCCCCGCAGCCGCCUCAUCUGCCUACAACCGCACCCGGAGCACCCCCUGGCCGGGAGCUGGCCGCCGCCCCUGCCGAGCUCACCGUGUCACGCCAGUCCUUGCGUAUGUCGGUGGGCAAUGCUGGCGAGUUCUUUGUAGAUGUAAUGUGACUCGGGUUCGAGGGCGAGCAAAUGAAAGCGUAGCAGAUUGGGGCCACCUAGUGUCGGAGGAGAACAGAGGUGAAUGUUGCAGCAGGUGUAUUCCAAGGCCUCCAAUUCCCAAAAGCAUGGAUGCAACUGGUCAUGGUGUGUGAAUGCGUGCGUGCGCGCGCGUGAGGACAAAAAAUGUUCCGCCUCUUUAGUGUUUCUCUUCUUAAUUUCUAAGUAGUUGUGGCCAUACUUUCUUCAGUGAAGAACCCCCUACCCCCAACUCCCUAAUUUGCUAAAGUUGGCACCAAAGCGCCUGUGAGUUUCCGCCUCUCAAUGGGGAAGAUUUAGUGCAAGGACAAAAAGCCAGUAAGAGGGAGGGAAAUGGUGCAAACAGACAGAUUGGGAGGAUGACUCAGUGCUUUUCUACGUGGAUGUUUUUCAUUUGUGUUUCUCUACGCUCUUCCCUCCUGCCUGUCCUCCUUAUCUCAACAUUCUUUGUCCUCCCCCCACGAGUCCCUGUCAGAACUGACGGAGAAAAAGGCCUUUAGCCUCCUUCACUGACCAAACAACGUUGGAUUGGACACUAACUGUUAACAUGUUCAGAUUUAAAUGUUUGCUUGACCUAUGAGAAAAAAAAAAUAAUCCAAGAGAAUCUCAGUCCUGUCAGAAAGAGAAUGAUCAUAUGUGUAGUUGAUCAUAACCAGUUUUAUUUUACGGUGCAAAACACGAUGCUCAAGUUCAAGUAAUUUGUACACUACAUAAUUACAGUUCACUCUCUUAACCCAAGCAUUUUAAAUUGGUCUUGUUGCAAUGUGUAGUGAUGGGGGAAAAAUCCUACCACGUCUCUCACACUACACUUUUAUCAAGGAAAUGUCUUUUUAUUUAUAAAUAUAGUUUUAUGACUGAACUUCA